AUGGCCUCUUCCUCUCCCUCAAAACGAGGCCUCUGCUGGCCCGUCGAGAAUCAAGACCCCGUAUUCCCCUUCACGAAACCGGGCAGUAAGAUUUCCUGGAUCUGUACGUUUUCACACCUGCUCUUUUUCUUCCUCUCCCUCUCCCUCUCUUCUCUGGCCUAGUAGUAGAUACGAGAAUUCCACAAAUCUUUCCCCCUCUUUGGCUAAAGAAGAUGUAACAUCCCAGACAACUGGUCCCCCAACCCCGUCUCAGGAUGCUCAAGUCUCCAAUUCAUCCCCAUGCAAUGGAACACGGCCGACAUGGACGCGCUGCCCAGCAAAAUCCAAGAAACUGGCAAUUCUCCCGGCAUCGUGAUAGCUUUCAACGAGCCCGAGCUGCCCGAUCAAUCCAACAUCUCCGCCGACGUGGCCGCGCGCGAAUGGCUGCGCGUCAUCGAGCCCCUGCGUCGCGGCGGCGGCGGGGGCAACGUGCGCUGUGGCAGUCCCGGGAUUUCGAGCGCGGGACAUGCCGUGGCGUGGAUGCGGGAGUUUUUGGGCAGGAUUCGCGAGGGGGGGAGUGAUGUGGAUUUUUGGUGUUUGCAUUGGUAUGGGGAGACGCUUGGUAUGUUCUUUUCUUUGCUUUUUUCUUCUUUUUCUUUCAAGAGGAACUGCCUGUCUUGUCUUGUCUUGUCUUGCUUGCCUGCUUCUCCCAGCCCUCACCUAUCCAUCCACCUCCAACUCCACCCCCCCCCCCCCCCGGUUUAUUUCUCAUUUAUUUCUAUUUAGGACAAUUCUACGACUACAUCUGGUCCACACACCACCAACUCGACCCCUCCAAACCCGUCUGGAUCACGGAAUUCGCCGCCACGAACUGGAACCCAGACACCCCUUUACCGCGGGAACACGUCGAGAGUUUCGCGCGGGAGAGUUGUGCGUAUUUGGAUUCCCUGGAUUGGGUGGAGCGGUACGCGUGGUUUGGGCCCAUGAGGGAUUGCGGGACCGUGGGGCGGUGGGCGCGCAUGUUGGAUGAUGAGGGGGGGUUGACGGAGUUGGGGAGGGGGUAUAGGGAUGGUUGA